AUUAAAAUUAAACCAAACGAAAUGUGGUUUUAAUAAAAGAUAUCAUGUUGUUUUCAGAGAGUUCAACAGAAAAUCUACUGAUCAACAUCAUAUAUAUAUAUUAAAUUUAGAUCCCAAAGAUGUUUAGAUUCAUAAUAUAUGAAAAUAUAUAUUGCUAAUCCACUUCAAGUUUUUUACUGUUGGGUGACCGGCUUUACAAAAUUAAUCUAUUGUGAAUGCAAAUGUCAAAAAAGUAUAAAAUUGUUUGAAGAAAAUUUUUAAUGUUUUGAUUUUAAAAUCAUAAACAAAAAAACUAUCACUUACAUUCCUUGAAAAUAUAUUUAGAAAAGUUUUAUAAAGUUAUGUCUGAAGAACCUAAACAUUUCGAGGCACUUAUUUUACCAAUUGUUUACGAUAUAAUUAGGGGUGUAGAAAAAGAUCCCAUUGAAAUUUCUGCUAAACAAAAGGAAUCACAGGAGUGCAGUCAAAAGAUUUUGGAACUGCAAAAGCGGGUAGAAGCCGCUAGAGCAUACGUAAAUCAGCUACCUGGAAUUGAAUACAAUAAAGAAGAACAACUACAACAAUUGGAGUUGGUUAAAAAGCAGCUAAAGUUGGAGAAGGAGAUUUUACAUAAAUACAAGGAUAUUCAGUUUUAAAAGCCAACAUGGUUCUACGCUUGCUCCUGCGCUACUUGGCCAACAAUGAACAACUAAUUGAGCGAAUGGCAGAAAGUUAUCCCAUGCGCCGUGCAGCACAGAUUGUUGUCUCCAUGACUUAUCGUUUUAAAAAUAUUGCACAAGAGCGUGGUCUGCAUGACAUGAGCCCGGAACGCUUUAAAUCGUUUAUGGAAUAUUUUAGGAACAAUUUGAAGCAGGAAAUCGAAGGAGCUAAACAAGAACUGAAGAAAAAGCCAUAAUAAGCAGAACUGAUAGAAAUGUGAAAUUUUCGCGGGAAUUUUACAACAAAUA